UUCUCUCUUUACUUAUUUCUAUUAAACGCCUUUUUAGCAACAAACCCACAGAUCAGUAACUUACUCUUUCAAAUCCCCAUUUCUCGUUCUUGCUCUUGUUGCCUUAUUUUUUUGGUUAAAGUUCUUUGUUUUCUUCUUCUUGGAUGAUUUUUAGCUUUACAUGAUGGAGCUUCAACUGGGUCUCGCUCUUCCAACCGAUACCAUCAAGGGUUUGGACCUAAAUAGCUAUGUUUUCGACCCUAAUAAGGAUGCUGCUCGUAGCUCACGCCAAUUGAUAAUCAUGAAUCAGGGUAUGGUUCAUCCAUGGCUCUCUACAGGAACAAAUUCUGCUGCUGCUGCUGCUGAAGAUGAUGAUUUUAUCAGCAACCACCAAAAACGUAGUUUUUAUGAUGCCUUCGAAGAGAUAUAUGACAUGCCUCGAACGUUGCCUCUUUUGCUUUGGAGUAAACAGCCUAACGAGGAAGAAGAUGACGAACGUAAUAAAGAUCAUGAGAAAAGCUUCCCUUCUGCUUCGAACAAAGUUGAUGGAGCUGGUGAUGGAAUAGUAGGGUGGCCACCGAUUAAGUUCCAAAGGAGGAAGAUUAGCCACCGGAGUAGAAAAAGUCGAAUGGAGAACGAUCGGAGGGUGGACAAUGGGUGUGCAGAUUGUCAUGGUAGACCAUCAAAUUCCAUGUACGUUAAGGUGAAGAUGGAAGGAGUAGCCAUAGGAAGGAAAAUAGACCUAAGCCUCUAUAAUUCUUUUCAAGCUCUUAAACACACCUUGCUUGGCAUGUUUGGGAUAUGUCAAGAAAAUUCGUCCAGCCAUAAGCUGACAUUUCAGGACAGCGAAGGUGACUGGCUACUUGCUGAUGAUGUCCCAUGGAGAAGUUUCAUUUGGUCUGUCCAACGCCUAAAAUUGAUAAGGAGCAGCAGGUGACCUCAGGGCUCAGGCUUAGGCUCAGGUUCAGCUCAUGAGUAGGGAUUUUGAUUUGGAUCGUCAAAUAUUGUGUACUGUGCUCUUGGUUAGCUACUUUCAUAGGACCCAGAUAGGAAAGUUCAGAAGUUUGAAGUUGGAAGAUAACAUCAACUAAGUUUUUAUACUUUCAAGCAAUGGCUAAAUAUGUAAAAAUUAAAUUUUGAGUUAAAUAUUUUUAUAUUUUCUAA